AUGGGAAAGUUGAAAACAAGAUCAAAACUUGCCCAAAGGCGGUUCAAAGCAAAACAGCUUCAAAAGAAUAAAAAGACAGAAAAUGAGAUAAAUGUUGCAAAAAUCAAUGGGGAAAUUUCAAACACGCAGAAAGUGGCACCUUUAAUCACAAAGCUUGGCUCAAGCUCACAAAAUGACAGAUCAAUGGCUAUAAAUAGCAUAAAUUUGAUGUGCGGUAGUGAUACCGAGUUGAGAAGACUUUUCAUGAAGAACGAUUUGGUCCAAAUCAUACUUUCCAAAUUGCUACACGAUGAGAACCAAGACAUAGUUGUGGACAGUUAUGGACUCUUAAGAAACUUGAUGAUUGAUGAAGGAUAUUCCUUGUGCAUUCAUUUAUGGCGGAAGGACAUUUGGACUUUGCUUAGUGCCGAUUUCGCUAAGGCAAUUGCAGCUUUACCUCAUAUUUCAGAUGAGAAUGUUGAUCAACAGCAGAAAGAGCUUUUAGUGAAUUUUAUCGAUAAUCUUAUUGGCUGUACGGACUGUCUUGCUAGUGAGAUGCCUAUAAACUUCUUUGAUGGCACAUUAUUUGGAAAAAUCACAAAAAGUAAAGUUUUCGAUUUCAUCUUCAGCAUUCUUAAACAGGAAACGAACCAACGUCUUAUUCUCAGCUGUCUCACAUUUAUAUAUGAUUUGGCCACUGUUUCAUAUAAAUUCAUCGAUUUCUUGUGCCAAAACAAUGAGUACUUGGAAACUCUAAAAGCUAUAUCGAAUAAGAAGUUGGGAAAGCAAUCCAAAACGUAUCUCAUUGGUAUUUACUUGCAGCUCCUAGAGGCAAAGAACGAGCUUUCAAACGGAAAGAGGCUUUGCACUGAUAUAAUAUCGCCUUUGAACGAUAUUUAUCAGAAUGAUGUUAACCUUAAGUACACGGUAGAGAAGUUGGAUCUCCCAUAUAAUGAGAAUCCAAGUUUGCAGGAAGCAAAGAACUUGGAGCUUGCUAAACAGAAUUUCAACGUAAUUGAUCUCGAGCUCGAUUUAUAUACAAGUAUCAUUGAGAUGCUUGGAGAUGACUAUAGGAGCCAAGAAGGAGACAAUAAGAAUGGAGAAACGUUUAAGUUUCUCAAUAGUACGUUAGUUAGCAUGUUGUCAAGUUUGAUUGAAACCGGAUUUAAGGACGAGAAGAUGUUGAUCUGCGUGAAUAACUUAAUUGCAUUCGACAGGGAUAUUUGUUUUGGCGGUACGGAAUUGGUAUCCUUCUUCCAAAAUGUUUACACACAUUGUUCUGUUCUUUUAAGCGACUUACUUGAAAACAAAAAUCAAUUAAGCGUUGAUGAACAACUCGAACAGAUUGGUCAGAUUCUCAAGUUUGACAUUAGUUACAUGCUGAUGACGGACCAAUCACAGUGGAAAGAGGAUGCACAGAGAGUGGUAGAGAUAAUACGGCUUUCGGAGUCAGUUGAUACUAAAUUAGAUGCUGGAGAAGUGGAUGCUGGUCUUCUUUCAGAUUUUAACCUUGGACUAAUACCGUAUCUUGGGCUCAUUGCUAAGAAUUGUGGUAACCUGUCAGUGACUAGAGACAUCACAAAAUUCUUAGUGGACCAGAAGUUCUUGAAAUAUUUAGAAUUGUACAAGAAAACGCCAAAAGUGGAAAAGUUGCACAAAAAUGUUGGAUUUCUUGUUGAGGAGACCAUUGAUUGUGUUGUUAAUGUUCUGUUUGACAUUUUUGACGAUGAUUACAGCUAUAAUAAGCCGAUUUUCCACGAUGGUGGAUUGUUGCAAGUGCUCAAGGACAAGUUAUCAGAAUUCAGGAUAAUAUUCAAGAAAGUGGAUAAAAACGUGAACCAGGAUGUGAAGGAAAGAAUGAAGGAGACGCUCAACAAUCUUCAAAGCUUUGUUAAGUACAAGCAGGGAGAAUUGAAAUGA